GAAACACACGCACACACAACACAGCACGCCUGGCAGACGAAUAAUAGCGCUGUACAUCGCUCGUCCGGUUUCAAACGCCCAGUUCACUGGACGCUUAUGGAUAGCAACGUGUGGCUGUGGCGCUGAGUUGCAUGUCAUCCUUCUCGUGAUAGACACAGCGACCGAGAAGAUAGCGUCUCGCUCCCCGUGAGCCCCUGCGAGAGAGCAGAGGUCAACACGGGCGGUCUGGCUUCGAAGGAGCAAUCAACAACAUGGAUGAAAUGUCAGAGGAGAACAUGACCGAACUUGCCCUCCAGAUGAGCCUGCAGGAGAUGUUCGCGUCGUACGAGCGCAAAUCUUCAGACGCGGGCGAGAGCACCUGUACCAAUUCAGAUUUGUUUGUGAAGCUGACCGAAGCCAUCACGAAAGGCGAGCUGGACGUCGUGAAGAGCCUGUUGAGGCACAGCAGGGCUCCGUGUGAAAGGGACGAGGAGGGUUGGAGCGUCCUGCACAGGGCAGCCGCUCAAGGAGACGGCGAGGUCCUGAGAGCCGUGGCCGACGCGUGUCCGUACAGCAUCUGGGAGCAGACGACCUCCGACGGAGACACUGCUCUGUCCCUCGCCAUAAAAGGUGGACACACGGAGAGCGUGCGUCUGAUGCUGGAGAGGGGCUUCGAUGCCAAUGCGCCAUGUGGAAACGAAGAAACUCCACUCUACGCUGCCGUCAAGCGCGGCUCGCUGCCGGCGGCCGAGCUGCUCCUGCGCUACGGAGCCAACGUCAACCACGGCCACCACAACCGCUGGACGGCGCUGCACGAGGCUGCGCGCCUGGGACGUCGCGAUUUCGCCGCGCUGCUGCUGCGCAACCGCGCCUACGUGGACCAGAAGACGGCCUUUGGCUUCACGGCGCUGGCCAUAGCGGCGCAGCACGGGCACGCGGACGUCCUGAGGCUGCUGCUGGAUCGCGGUGCGAACAUCCUCGCUCAGGCGGAGGACGCCGCCACGGUGCUGUACGAGGCGAGCAGCCACGGCCACAUCGACUGCAUCACGCUGCUGCUUCAGCACGGAGCGAACCCCAACAUCCCAAACGUCACGGGCCACCUGCCCAUCCACCGCGCCGCUUUCAAGGGCCACGUCCGGGCGGUGAAGCAGCUGCUGCUGGAGACGCGGGAACGCGCCGUGGAGCGGAGCGGCGUGAGUCCGCUGCACUCGGCCGUCGCCGGCGGUCGAGUCGAGUGCCUGAAGGUGUUGCUGGAGAGCGGCUACGACCCCGACUUCCUGCUGGCCGACCACGUCGCCGUGAACUACACCGACAACCGCCGCUCGGCGCUCUUCUUCGCCGUGUGCAACGGCGACAUGGAGGCCACCAAGCUGCUGCUCAACGCCGGCGCCAAGGUCAACCAGGACCCCAUGAACGCGCUGCUGGUGGCCAUGCACCGAGGCGACCGCGCGGUGGCCCUGCUGCUGCGCCACGGCGCCAACGUCGACUGCCAGAUGGUGGUGAACACGACGCGCUUCCCCGCGGCGCUGCAGUACGCCUUCAAGGACGAGUCGCUGCUGCGGGCGCUGCUCGACGCCGGCUGCGACGCGCGCCUCUGCUUCGAGUGCUCGCACGACGCCGAGGGCAGGCGGCCGUCCGGUCCCCGCGACCUGCCCGGGUGGUCGUCCUCUAUCAUCCAGGACACCGAGAUGUGCGAGAUGCUGACGCUGUCCUGGGUGGAGCACCUGGCCGGCAGGGUGGUGCGAGUGCUGCUCGACUACGUGGACUUCGUGCCGAUUUGCGUGAAACUCAGGGCCGUUCUGCGCAAGCACCCGGAGUGGGAGCAGAUCUCCAACAUCCUCGAAAACGCGCGGCCCCUCAAGCACCUGUGCCGACUCGUGAUCCGCAAGAGGAUGGGCUCUCUGCGCCUGCGCUCGCCCGCCUUCCUGGAGCGCACGUUCCUGCCGCGGAGCCUCCGGGAAUACCUCCUCUACAUGGAGCACGGCCAGAGCAUCGAACAAGGCCUGAGCAUUUAGCCUCGCCCACCUUGGCGGCACGACACCGACUAGUACUCUGGACUAGGUUCUCGGAACCCAGGGAACAUGGGUUGUUGUGACUUAGGGUUUGCUACCUUGAGGUGCACGACAAACAAGACACCAUCGUAAGAAGAAUGUCUCAUAAUACCGCAAGAGGGGAGAACGAUGUAUACUUGCAUUUUCUAUAGUGGGGAAAUCAGCUACUGUAUUGCCUUGUAUCGUGGUCUUGCAUUGCAACAACCAACGAUUAAUUUGCACGGUUUUCUACGUACGGUGCAAAAGAAAUUCAACAUACAUACUUACACCAUCGGGACCUCCUUUGCCAGGAGAAAAAUAUGAUAAUUGUUUUUUUACCCUUUUAUCUGGCAACUGCGGUCGGAAUGCAAACAAAAAACAGACAGUGCAUACAUUAUCAGAGUUGUGAUUUUUGUUUGUAUUCCGACCGCAGGUAUGGUGGUCAAUGCAAACAGGACUCCUUGUUAAAAAAAAAGGUGUCAGUUUUGUUGCCAGAUAAAAGGGUAAAAAAACAAUUAUCAAUUUUUUGCUGCUGGCAAAGGAGGUUCCAAUGGUGUAAAUGCUUACUCCGAGCUCUCAUACUCUGAUGGUGCAUUGUCUUUGAGUUGUGCGCCUUUUGGCGUCAUCUGGUCCAAAACCAUGUGAGACUAGGCUCUAAGAAAAGCUGUCUCGGGUGUGGACCAAUCAAUUUCAAGGACAGUGCAUACAUUAUCAGAGUUUUGUUUUUUGUUUGCAUUCCGACCGCAGGUAUUGUGGCCAAUGCAAACACGACUCCUUGUAAACAAGGUGUCAGUUUUAUUGCCAGAUAAAAGGGUAAAAAACCAAUUAUCAUACAUACUUACAAUUCAUCUAGCUCGUGGAUACGAGCUGAUUCCUCACUCGAUCUCGGUGAUGGAUGUCUUGUCUGACAUGUUGCUUCCUCCAUCGUGAUUCCUAACCACUGGCCAUCAUCUCUUCGAGUAACAUGGCCUGUCCAAUCUCCCUUCUUUAUAUUCAGUAUGAUGUCUCUAAUUAACACGUAUCCCCCCAUCCAGUUCCUCUUUUUGUCUGUCAGUGUCGUUCCAAGCAUGCUCCUCUCCAUGCUUCUGUGCACAAUUUUUAGCAUCUGUUAAAUGUUGUAAUCGUCCGUGUAUCUGAACCAUGUAUCAUAGCAGGUAGAAUGGAGUGAUUCCAAACUUUCUGUUUUAGGUACGUGGGUGGGUUACUUUUCAUUGUUACCCAGGACACCCUGGACAGCCUUGCAAACAAGAUGUUUCAUAUCUAGGGAUUAUCCAGAUGAAAUUUUUUAAUUGAAAAAUACAUUUUACUUUUCAAAAACCACUCUAUCCUACUCUCAUUAGGUGAUAGGUUUGGUAUUGUCGACUUCUGUCAUCAAUAAAAAUUGUUCCUUUCACAACACUCCUUUCAUCACACAGGUCUCCCUUGGAAAUAAACGCUUUGCCUCAACAGCC